AUGGAAAGUGAUUGCUGCAAAUACGUGCAAAGGUGCCAUCAAUGUCAGAUCCACGGUGAUCUGAUCAAGGUCCCUCCAAGUGAGCUUAAUGUUAUGAGGUCACUAUGGCCUUUCGUAGCUUGGGGCAUGGAUGUUAUUGGACCCAUUGAACCCGCAGCUUCUAAUGGUCACCGGUUCAUUUUGGUUGCCAUUGACUAUUUCACCAAGUGGGUGGAAGCAACGUCUCACACGUCAGUAACAAAGAAAGUGGUGGCAGACUUCGUGCAAAACCACAUCAUAUGCAGAUUCAGUGUGCUCGACUCCAUCAUAACAAACAAUGGAGAAAAUGUGAAUAGCCACCUGAUGAAGGACAUCUGUGAGCAAUUUAAGAUCACCCAUCGAAACUCAACAGCUUACUGGCUGCAAAUGAACAGAGCCUUGCCUUAUGACUUAUUGGGAUACCUUAUUACGGCCAGAACUUCAACAGGAGCGACUAAAUACUUGCUGGUCUAUGGAACUGUUGAGAUCCCUUCCUUAAGAAUCAUUCAGGAAGCAGAAUUAGACGAUACUGAGAUAGCAAGAGCUUUCAACAAGCAAGUCAAAACCAGACAUUUUCAGAUUAGGCAGAUGGUGCUCAAAAGGAUUUUUCCACAUCAAGAUGAAUACAAAGGGAAAUUUGCUCUCAACUGGAAAGGUCCUUACGUGGUCCGCAAAGUGCUCUCCGGAGGAUCAGUAGUAUUGGCAGAAAUGGAAGGACAAAAGUGGCCAAAGCCGAUCAACUCAGACGCAAUCAAGCGCUACUAUGCAUAA